AUGGAGAUGCUUGGUCGUUUUUCGAAAAGCUUGGGGUAUACAACUAUGGGUAAUUGGUAUCAUAUGCCAACCCAAGAAAACUGUGGGUUGACAAUGAUUCUAAUUCUGAAUGAUGUUUGUUUGGGAACUUUCAAGAUGAUCGUUAGGGCACACCAAUUCCGAGAGAUUGAACAUCUAUAUGUUGAACAUAGGCCUGCAUUUGUUCCAACCAAUUUCCCCUACUUUUUGAUGAACUCACCAUCCAAAAGGGUUGAGAAGCUUAUUCAUCUGUUUGUAACAGAACACCCAAUGGAAACAGUUGAUGAUGGAAUAGCAUACAUCAGGCAUAUGCUAAACAUGACCAUUCCAAGAGAAAAAAUGGAAGAUGCAAUGGACAUGGCGAAGGAGAAUGUGAUAGCAUGGACAAAUAUAGUGUAG